CACGUCUUCACUCCCCCAAACCCAUAAGAAACAAAAAUGUCCCGAAUAACUCACCAGCAACGUAUCCAAAAUGGCAGACUCGUCCAACGCGCCGCUGCUUCAAUCGCGCAGCUCAUACGGUUCAACCGAUAAGACCUCUACGCGCCAUGAUUCCAUCGACAGUGAAGCUGCGGGGGAGAUACGCCCGAGUCGAGAUGUAGAAGAUGAUGUACUCCCUGAGACGUCGACCAUUGGGAGGAAUUUAUCGUGGCAGAGCGCUUACAUCCUCGUUAUAUCGCGCGUCGUCGGCAGCGGUAUCUUUGCGACACCCGGAACAAUCGUCCAAUCUGUCGGAAGCGCGGGAUUAUCGCUAUCGCUAUGGGUAGUCGGCGCUUUCAUCGCAGCUUGCGGUCUUGCGGUGUCGCUCGAGUUUGGAUGUAUGCUUCCUCGGUCGGGAGGUGAUAAAGUAUACCUUGAGUUUGCGUAUAGAAGACCGCGAUUACUUGCGUCUACGCUGUUUGCGAUGUAUGCUGUGCUUUUGGGAUUCACAGCGAGUAAUUGCAUUAUUUUUAGUAAGUAUGCGUUAUUUGCGCUGGGAGUCGAAGCGACGGAUGUGUUGAGCAAGAGCCUCGCUGUUGGACUUCUCACGUUUGUUUGUAUCACACACAGCGUGUUUCCUAAAGCAGGCGUCAAGAUCCAGGAUGUUCUGGGCUGGAUUAAAAUCGGUAUCAUCGUCUUUAUGAUCCUCUCAGGCUUCUACGUCGUCAUCUUCCGUCCCAACACUACAUCCGCACCACUCACGCAUCAACUCGCAUGGGAACACCUUUGGGAAGAGACGAGCUGGAACUGGGGCGUCAUCGCAACGAGUCUCUUCAAGGUCUUUUAUUCAUUCGCGGGAUUGGAUAAUGCUGCGAACGUCAUGAAUGAAGUCAAGCAGCCCGUGAGGACGUUGAGGUCUGUUGCGCUGACAGCGCUGGGGACGGCGUGUGGAUUGUACAUGCUUGUUAACAUUGCUUAUUUUCUGGUGGUGCCGAUUGAAGAGAUCAGAGGGAGUGGUGAACUCAUUGCUGCGCUGUUCUUUGAGAGGUUGUUUGGUGAGAAAUUUGGGAGAGUUGUUCUCCCGACAGCUGUGGCAUUAUCGUCAGUUGGGAAUGUCAUGGUCGUUGCUUUCGCAAUGGCACGCAUGAAGCAAGAAAUCGCAAGACAAGGCUUCCUCCCAUACUCAUCCCUCCUCUCCUCCUCACGACCAUUCAACUCUCCCAUGGGUGGCUUCAUAAUCCACUACAUCCCCUCCUUUCUCGUCAUGAUCCUCCCACCCUCUGAUUCAAUCUACUCUCUCAUUCUCGACAUCGACGGAUACGCCGCGCAGCUCAUCGGGCUCGCCGUAGCAAUCGGCCUUGUGAAGCUCCGCUUCCAACGUCCAGACCUCAAGCGACCCUUUAAGGCGUGGAUGCCCGCGGUGAGUAUUAGAAUAGCGAUGAGCUGCGCUUUAAUAGUGGCGCCGUUUUUCAGACCGCCGGACUACGAGGGGGAAGUGUUUUACGCUCUGAUAUUGGUAUCUUUGGACGAGGGCGGUGCCGAGGUGGAGGGGGACGAGGUUGCAGGAGGAGACGUGUGUUUUGGAGGAUGGGACGACGAUCACGAAGCUAAGACUUAUCGUAGUGAAGAAGAAUUCUAUUACCAUCUCUUCCGUAUUCACAAACUCCGAAUGCCUUCAACCUCCACUUCUUCUUCCACUUCCACAGCGUUCCAAAUUCUCGGGUCCGCAAUCGCUCGCCAAGCCCUUAUCGGCGCAUCGUAAGAUUGCGUUAUGGGUCAAAUCGAUCUAGCUCGCAAACAUAAACAUGUCUAGCCUUAUUCCGUUAUUCGUGUGUCCCACCCACCACGUUUUAUGUUCUUUAUCUGCUACCAGAACCAGAAACAAGAAGAAGCCAGCCUCAGUGGAGUUAGCCCAAACGUCAGUGGAGCAAGCGUUAGUUGAAACGAGACCAAGUCAAGCCAUGUUUUCUCGGACGACGACGGUGGAGAGGCCGAGAGAACUGUACUUACCAUGUGAUGAGUGAGUGAGUGAGUCUUUGUUGAG